UCGACUUGGCUGCGUAUUACGUCAUCUGCGGUGGUAGGUGCUCGCGGUAAGGCGGUUAGCUUUCCCCCUGAAAUUCGGUUAUUGCAGCUUGUGUGGGAUUUGGUACCGUUAUUCUGCGGUCGGCGAGAGAAAAAGCAGCACGUUUUCUAGCAGAUUAUCUACACGGUAACACAAUGAGUGUGGAGGCGUACGGGCCCAGCUCGCAGACGCUCACCUUCCUGGACACAGAGGAGGCCGAGUUGCUGGGGGCAGACACUCAAGGCUCGGAGUUUGAGUUUACCGACUUCACGUUACCAAGCCAGACACAGACUCAGGGACAGACGCAGAGUCAACUGGAUGGACAGGUUAAUAGCCCUGAGGGAAUCUUACAGAAUGGCACUGUAGAUGAUGCUGUUGGCAAAACUAGCCAGUUGUUGGGCGAGCUGAACUUUGAAGAAGAUGAAGAAGAUACCUAUUAUACUAAAGAUCUUCCAGUACAUGCAUGCAGCUACUGUGGGAUCCAUGACCCUGCUUGUGUCGUCUACUGCAACACCAGCAAGAAAUGGUUCUGCAAUGGCCGCGGAAACACUUCUGGCAGCCACAUUGUCAAUCAUCUUGUCAGAGCCAAAUGCAAAGAGGUGACUCUCCAUAAAGAUGGACCUCUGGGAGAGACUGUUUUGGAAUGCUACAACUGUGGGUGCCGUAAUGUCUUUCUCCUAGGGUUUAUUCCAGCUAAAGCUGACUCAGUGGUUGUGCUGUUAUGCAGGCAACCAUGCGCCAGUCAGAGCAGCUUGAAAGAUAUCAAUUGGGACAGCUCCCAGUGGCAGCCUCUAAUUCAGGAUCGCUGCUUCCUUUCGUGGUUGGUUAAGAUUCCAUCAGAACAAGAACAACUGAGGGCCCGGCAGAUUACAGCCCAGCAAAUCAACAAGCUUGAGGAGCUAUGGAAGGAAAAUCCUUCUGCAACUUUAGAGGAUCUGGAAAAACCUGGAGUUGAUGAAGAACCUCAACACGUAUUGCUUAGAUAUGAAGAUGCCUAUCAGUACCAAAAUAUAUUUGGACCCCUGGUUAAGCUUGAGGCCGAUUAUGACAAGAAGCUGAAGGAGUCGCAGACUCAAGACAACAUAACUGUGCGAUGGGACCUUGGCCUUAACAAGAAGAGAAUUGCAUACUUCACGUUGCCAAAAACAGAUUCUGAUAUGCGUCUAAUGCAAGGAGAUGAGAUAUGCCUUAGAUACAAAGGAGACUUGGCACCUCUGUGGAAGGGAAUUGGGCACGUUAUCAAAGUCCCAGACAAUUAUGGAGAUGAAAUUGCUAUUGAACUGAGAAGCAGUGUUGGUGCACCAGUGGAGGUUACUCACAACUUCCAAGUGGAUUUUGUGUGGAAGUCUACUUCUUUUGAUAGAAUGCAGAGUGCUUUGAAGACAUUUGCAGUGGAUGAAACCUCUGUUUCAGGUUACAUUUAUCAUAAACUUCUGGGGCAUGAAGUGGAAGAUGUGAUAAUAAAAUGCCAACUUCCAAAGAGAUUUACAGCACAAGGCUUACCAGACUUAAACCACUCAAGUGUCUAUGCAGUGAAGACUGUUCUACAACGCCCUCUCAGUCUUAUUCAAGGACCUCCGGGUACUGGAAAAACGGUGACAUCUGCUACUAUUGUGUAUCAUCUGGCUAGACAAGGAAAUGGCCCUGUCUUAGUUUGUGCUCCAAGUAAUAUUGCUGUGGACCAGCUAACUGAAAAGAUCCACCAGACUGGACUCAAGGUUGUUCGUCUUUGUGCUAAGAGCCGUGAAGCUAUAGACUCUCCAGUCUCCUUUUUGGCUUUGCAUAAUCAGAUUCGAAAUAUGGAAAGUAUGCCUGAGCUUCAGAAGUUGCAACAGCUGAAAGAUGAAACUGGAGAGUUGUCCUCAGCUGAUGAGAAACGUUACCGUGCUCUGAAGAGAACUGCUGAAAGGGAACUUCUUAUGAAUGCAGAUGUAAUUUGCUGUACCUGUGUUGGUGCUGGUGAUCCUAGGCUUGCAAAAAUGCAGUUUCGCUCCAUUCUUAUUGAUGAAAGUACUCAAGCCACUGAACCAGAGUGUAUGGUACCGGUUGUUCUUGGAGCAAAGCAGUUGAUACUUGUGGGUGACCAUUGCCAGCUUGGUCCUGUUGUGAUGUGCAAGAAAGCUGCCAAGGCAGGACUUUCCCAGUCUCUGUUUGAGAGACUUGUGGUUCUUGGAAUCCGUCCUAUACGUCUACAGGUUCAGUACAGAAUGCAUCCUGCAUUGAGUGCUUUUCCAUCAAACAUAUUCUAUGAAGGCUCUCUCCAAAAUGGUGUUACUGCAGCGGACAGAGUGAAGAAGGGAUUUGACUUCCAGUGGCCUCAGCCUGACAAGCCAAUGUUUUUUUAUGUGACCCAAGGACAAGAAGAAAUUGCCAGCUCAGGCACCUCUUACCUUAAUAGGUAACAAUCUUGGCUCAAGGAUAUGGAGGUAAUUGGUCUGAUGGUUCCAUGGACGUCCUCCCUUUACUCGAGUCCAUUUGAGAGCUCUGCGGUCAUGCAUGCUCAGUCAAUGGUGGGGUAUGGUGUAAUUAUUGUUGGAAAUCCAAAAGCUUUAUCUAAACAACCACUUUGGAACCAUCUUCUGAACUACUACAAGGAACAGAAAGUUCUAGUAGAAGGACCAUUGAACAAUCUUCGGGAGAGUCUUAUGCAGUUCAGUAAGCCGCGCAAACUUGUCAACACAAUUAAUCCAGGUGCUCGGUUUAUGACUACUGCCAUGUAUGAUGCACGUGAAGCCAUCAUCCCUGGUUCUGUUUAUGAUCGCAGCGGUCAAGGUCGACCUUCCAACAUGUAUUUUCAAACCCAUGAUCAGAUUGGUAUGAUCAGCUCGGGGCCCAGUCAUGUUACUGCCAUGAACAUUCCCAUACCAUUCAAUCUAGUCAUGCCUCCAAUCCCACCGCCAGGAUAUUUUGGGCAGACCAAUGGACCAGCUGCAGGGCGUGGUAUGCCUAAAGGAAAAACUGUUCGAGGUGGCCGCCAGAAACAACGGGGCAUUGGACUUCCUGGUAUGAGCCAAGGAAACAUGCCAAAUAGUCAGGCCAGUCAAGAUGUUGUGUCUCAGCCAUUUUCUCAAGGCCCUCUAACCCAGGGUUAUAUAUCAAUGAGUCAGCCGUCUCAAAUGAGUCAGCCAGGACUGUCCCAACCUGAAUUAUCACAGGAUAGCUACCUUGGUGAUGAGUUUAAAUCUCAGAUUGAUGUUGCGUUAUCGCAGGAUUCUACAUACCAGGGCGAGCGUGCAUAUCAACAUGGGGGUGUGACUGGAUUGUCACAGUACUAGAGUGUUGAAGACGAGCUAAGCCUGCGUGGAACUUAGUUCAUCCACAUUUUAUUCUGAGUAAUAAAAAAUAAAACGGAUACCUGUUUUCCACUGCUAAAACUGAAGCACCACUGUGAGAGCAACAGGAGAGAGAGGCACGAGAGAGGGAUAAAAAAAUAUCGAGAGCAAGAGAGAAAGCGAGUGAGACCACUGCAAGCACACUGAGACGAGGAGAACGGCAGAAGAGCAGGCUGUACAUCAGAGGAGCCACAUAAGCAUCAAUGGUUUUGGUAGUAAGAGGGGGGUAAUUAUCAUGAAGUUGACCUGAUGAAAGGCCAACUAAGCCUCUGUCCCCACCAUAGCUUUGGCAAGUACACAUCCCAAACUGUUCUUUGGGAGUCAUUUUAUCCAAGCUGGAGGAAAGCGAUACCUUAUCUCAGUUGUUGUUUUUUUUUUUUUUUGUUGUUUUUUUUAUGUGGGCUCCAGUAAAUGAGUCUUUUAAUCCAAAAAGAAUUACAGUAUUGCUGAGCAUUUGGAGAGGUCUGCUUCAAGAUGCAGGUUUGAUUUCCAAACUGGCUUCGAUUUACGAACAGAUGGUGAUAAUACCCUUCCACAUAAGGUUUUCACUACUGGACAGUUUAUAGAAAAUAUUUCUAGAUCUAAAGAAUGCUGGAUUUUUCCAGAUUAUAAUUGCGGUGGGUCUGAAAGUUGACGUAAAGCAUUGUGAGCUUGUAUGUUAGAAAUGCCGCCAUUAGCAGGGAGUUUCAACGUUAAUAUCCAGCAUACAUAAUGACUAGCCUCUCUUUCCUAAAGCAGUGUAGCAGAGCAAUGGAGUAUAAAAACUCCCUUAAAGAGAGGGGUUUUUCAGUGUUUUUCUGUAUGCUUUGAUUGGCUACUGUCUGGACUGUACUCCACAAAAUAAACCAAUCUUUGUUUAGAGUAAUUAUAUGCUUAAAAAGGGACUGGAUUCCUCUGCCCUUCGGCACCCACCCAUCAGAGAAAGACUAAAGCCAGCCUGAUGUCAACUCCCCUCCCAGCAAAGGAUGUUGUCGUGGAAAUUGGGGAUUAUAUAGGUUUGAAAGUAAAGUUUUUUUUCUCAAUAGUUUUUGAUACAGGUCAACAAGGAAAUGAAGCAGGCAGUGUGGAAGGUGGCACACAGUCAUUGUAUAUGACUGGAAGCAUAUUUGGUACUUUUUGUAGAGGACUGAAUGGAACUGGCCUUAAGUCAUUCCAUGCAAGGAAUCAAGUUUAUUACCUACAACUUCAUUACUUUUGAAAACAUAGUUGUAGAGAUGUACUAGAGCAAAGCAAUCCAGUUUCAAAAAAAAAAAUCCAGUUAUCAUAGUUUGUUAAAUGUUAGCUUUGCCAGACUUUAGCUUCUAAUGCUUUGUUUGGCCACCUUUUUUAAAUGUAAAAGCAAAAUAAAAAAAUACUCUCACUGUCCUGUUUAAGAGCCAACUACUCAGUUUGUUUUUAUUUCAAGUGGCCUUAACUUUUGGAACUUCAACUAAACUUUUUUUCCAAAUUAUUUUAGAGAUAUACCCAGUAAAUGAACAAAGUAACAUUUCAUCAUAAUACAAAUAUAUAUACUUUUCUUUGUGCAUUACUUGAUUGAAAACAAGUUAUGAAAGCGAUAUCGAACUAACAUUCCCUGUUUAUGUAGAUAUCCUGCAGCUUCCAAAUGAAGUCAUCUCAGAAAUUAAGCACAUUUUGUAGCUGCUAUUGUCCUGUUCAGGCGUUUACCGUGCAAUCUAUACAUGAGACUCUGGCCACCUUCCUGUAAGAUGGACUUUUUAUUUAUUAACAUUGCCGAAGGGCUGUUUUUAAUUUUUUUCCCUUCCCUAUACCCAUAUGAAUAGAUUCUGUAGAUAAGUGAAUAGCUAUGUAUAACCCUAUUUGUGCAAUUCUCAUGGAGUAAUAUAACCUCCCUUCAUCAUAGGCUGAAAUGCUUCUGCUAGCUAUUUUCAGUUUUUCCUGUAGCAGUUCUGAUUUUUAAAUAUUAAUGUUUGUGCUAGCACGAUCUAUUCUCCUUUUUGGUUUGUCAAAAAUUGUUUUAAAUCUAUUCGUCAUGAAUAAAAUGAUUAAUAAACAGUUCUUGAACUCA